AUGGGUUCUGCUUUCAUUAAUGCGCUUCAACCAAAUACAUUAUAUUCAUUUAAUUUAACUUGUGUUGGAACUGAUAAGACAGUCACACUUAACAUACGAACAGAUUUUGGCCGUCCAUUAGCACCACAAAAUAUUACAGUUAGACUAAAUUCUAAACGUCUAAGAAUAGCCUGGUCAUCUCCUUUUCUACCAGCUGGACCAAUUAGUAAUUAUAAAUUAACUAUUGAUCAACAAUCACCUAUAGAAAAUAUAUCCAACAGUCAAUUGUCGUAUGAUAUGACAGAAGAUUAUGUGUUCGGACAAAAACAUGAAUUUUUUCUGGAAGCAUGUAAUAAAAAUAGAAAAAAUUAUUCUUUAUGCUCGAAUCCAACUUAUGGUAGAACUAUAUUUUUUAUGCCAAUGCCAAUAACACCUGCACAAAAUACAAAUGAUAUUUUAAAACGUUUCUGA